CAUAUAUGAAUUAAAUAAAGAACUUCCUCAUUGUAAGCGAUAAACCUGUCAAUCGAGUUCAGUGUUUCUCAUAUCUCAGACUGACGAUUAGUUAAAAUAAAACAUUAAGUAUACUAACAUUGACUAUUGAAUAUUAAAUGUUUAAUUAGCAUGAUAAAAUUGAAAAAUGAAGGAAUAUAGAUUUCAUGAAGGAUGUCUUGAACACAAAUGGCAAAGUUCCUACCGUCGGCUAUGGAUGGUAAUGAAGAACAAUGUUAUUUUCAUAUUUAGAGAUCGACCAUUCAUUCCUGAAAAUCAUGAAGGCACCUUAACAAUAGACCCAACCACAAAGUUUGAGGUUAGACCAGAAAAAGCUAACAAUUACAAGUUUAUAUUAUAUACUGGUAACAGAAGAAGAAUUAAUACUUUUAAGAGUGACAAAAAGUCAGAAAGAGAUUUAUGGAGAGGUUAUAUUGUUGGAGUUGCUAGGCAAAAAGUGCCAGAUGACCUUGAUCUUCCAAGAGAUAUUAUCAACAAAAUCAAACAAGAUGUUGCUAAUUACCAUUUGCUCAAUGGUUCAGACCCUCCAGUUCAAAUUGAUGCUGUUAGCCAAAGGAGCCUCACAGAAAAUAGUCCAAGACAAUCUUUAAAUAGUGCUAGAUCUAACCCCAACAGAAAGAGUGUAUUAUCAGACGACAGUGGCGUUAUAAGUCACAGAUCUAAUUCUCGAUCUAGUGGAAGUGGAUCCUUGACUAUUGAUGGUGUUGGUGGUGGCCCAGUUAUGAGACACAAGUUUUCAAACCACCAAGAUGAUACUGUUACCCCUGGUUGGUUCUUUGAGGCUUGUACCAGAGAAAAAGCUGAGUCAUACUUGGCCAUAGCAGCAGAAAGAAAAUAUGGUGAUACACUUAUGAGAGAAAGUAACAGGUUCAAACAAGACGGCAGUUAUGUUAUAAGUAAAAGACUUGUGAAACAGGGGAGGUCUUCUAUAGAACACUAUGAAGUUAUACGUGUGGAGAGAGGCUACAAGAUCAAAGUUGAAAAUCAACAUGAGGCCAUGAGAAAUUUAACAAGUGUGAUGAAUUACUUUGUGACAACAUCAGGAACUUAUAGUACAAACCCUCUUACAACUAAUCGCUUGAGUGACUUUGGUAUGGUUGAAGACCCAUAUAAUACUGGAAGAUUACAACCUGCAGAUACAGUAGCAGACAUACUGAAUGAACCACCACCAGAUUAUGAAGAACCAGUUCCGUCCAGACCACAGCGCCAAGGAUUCAAAACUGUGACGCCUUCAAGUGCCAAAUCGGUAGAUGAUGAUUAUGAUAAUUCAUUUCCUUACCAGCAAGCACGCCAUUCAUACAACACAACAAGAGCUGCUAGUGAUUAUAAAGUACGAGCAGGGAAACCAUCACUGGAUGAUAUCCAAACAAACAUCAAGGCAGCAGCUGCUAUAGAUAUGUUUGAUAAAACAAUCGACCCAUUUGAUGAACCUGCUAGGGCUGAGGAUUAUAUUAAUCUACAAGAUCUACAAAGACAAGAAGAAAAAGUAGAAGAAGACACCCCCUUACACCCUGCACCCCCUGUACCACGAUCAACUCUACCCCCUGUACCAAACACAGUUAUACCUGCGCCACCAGCACCACACCAAGUUAUUUCAAAAAUAUCAUAUGUCAAUGAAGAGCCAAUAAUACCACCUGCACCUCCACCACCCCGACAUGAGAGGGCUAAGUCAGUGCCAAAUUUGGCUCAACAACUACAAACUGCCAAACUCAACCCAGUGUUGGAAAAGAAAGCUGUUACAAAUGCACCACCUCCAUCUGUAAAACAUGUAGCUAGUACACCAACCUUUCAACCAGUCAACAACUUUGGGGCUAAUAGCCCUACGCCACAACAGUUAGGUCUUAGACCAACUAACUACACAAAGCCAGAUCCAUCAAAGGGUGCAAUUAUGACAUCUGCACAAAAAUCACCCGUCACAAAGUCCACUUCUUUUCCGUCUCCGCAACAAAUGGGUCUUAGACCUGCUAGAAAAAGUGUAUCUUUGGACCCUGAACCAGAGAAAACUGACAAUGAACCAGAAAUUGAUGAUUCUCACCCAGGAGGUGUAUCUUCCAUAGCAUCUAGAUUUGAGAAGAAAAUAGAAAGUAUAACGCCACAAAAACAAUUGACAGGUGUUGGAACUGUAAUUAAUCAAGCCCCUCAGCCUACUGCUUGUCCUAACACUUCAGAACAUUCCUACCUAAAUACACAGAGCCAAGAAAACGGUGAUAAUCCUUAUGAUGAUGCAAAAACUCCAGUAGCAUGUGGAAGACAACGGUCUAAGAGCACACCUACAAUCAGCCCUGAGAUAAGAGAACAAUUAAAAGUUUCCAAAAUAGUUCCAGAACAAUCGUUUAUGAGGCAUUUAAACAAUGUGCUAGGUGGACAGCAGCAGCAGCAAAGAAAAUCCACCAUUCCAGCCAUUCCAGGCCGCCAACCGCAAAAUUUCAUAGAAGAUGACGAUGAUCUGUAUGAACAACUACCUGAAACAGAUGGAUGAAUAAACAUAUGCAGGCUAAAACUUUUGAUUUGUAAAAAAUGUGAUAUAGUUUUGCAUAUUGCUGUAAUGUUAGUUUAUGAACUUUUUGUUUUUACCGAAAUCAUCAAUGAGCAGGGUUUUGUCUUAUAAUGUUUUGUCUAAUAAGAUUGACUUGUGAAGUCAACCAAUCCAGUGAUCUUAGAAGUUUAUUUCGGCUAAAAAUGGCUGUGGAUUCAUUAUUAUUCAUUGGAUAUGAUUUUUUGUGGAUUUCGUAGGAAUAUGUGAAAUAAAUUGUUCAACAAAUUACAAAUUUUGUAUUGCCUUGUACCUAGAUAUUAGCAAACUGCGAAAUCAAAUACAUGUACACACAAAAAUGCAAUUUUUCAUCAAUCCACAUAAACUGAUACCCACGAGAAUGAAUUAAUCCCUAGUGUUUAAAUUUUUGGAUUAAUAUGAUAUUGAAAUAAUAGAAUUUUAGCUCACCUAGGCACAACAAUAUUUUUUUCUGACAUUUAUAAGUUUGUUAAACCUUCUCAAAAUUGUAUGAAACAGUAGCAAAAGCUUUUUGUAUGAAUAAGCAAUAUUUUUUUAAUUCAAAUUUUAGAAGUACUUCACAAUAUAAUACCAUAAAUUGGCCAGUUACUUGCUUAUUUUCAAAGCUGUAGAUAGAUUAUAACUUUGCCAGGUCAGUUUAUUAUGUUAUUUUGCUCAUUGUUUACAGCCAGUUAAAAUGUACAUUUUCACCCUCUAUUGUUCUGAACAUGCAAAAAAUAUUUGCCACUGGAAGUUAAGCAACCCACAAUCAAUCUAACAAUCUUACCGGUACAUUCAAUAUUUUAACAGUUAGUUUUAUAUUAUAUGUUAUAGGAUGCUGUAGAUAAUUUAAAUUCAUUUAGCUUGAUCUGUUAAUACCAGUCUCUAAUUCUAAUAUGUUAUUUGUAAUAAUUUGAUACCAAUUGACAAUUCUUAAUUUGCUGUUUCAGAAUCUAAUGUAUUCUGGGUAAUAUUUUAAAAAAGCGUACACCACAAGGUUGUGAUUGAUUUAAAAGGUACUGAACAAUGGAAAUUCAACUGAUGGCGUAUCAUUAUUAUCAUUUUGGUGUAUAGCUUUGUGUACGCACAAUGAAAUUACCCAUAGUUCCUAAGAUUCUAUAGAGGCAUUUUGAACUCAUUGAUUUUAUUCAUCAUGUAUAAUAAGUUGUAAGAUUUUAACAUUAUUUUUAUUAUAAUUUGUUGUUUUGAUAUUCACCAUAAGUUAGUGUAUUGUGUUAUCAGAUAUGUGAUAUAAAUAAGAUGUGCAUCUAUUGUGAAAUAUUUUUUUAACUGUACUCCAUUCAGCUGUGAUAAUUCAGAUAUCAACAUUAUAGCCAGGAUAUUUUUUUCAUAUAUAAGUAUACAUAGAUGAUAUAUAUUGUACAGGGUUAAAAUUUAAUGAUUACAUGGUAUUUUUUUAUUAGCUAAUAUUUCAUUGUAGUUAAAAGACACAUUACAACAUAUUUGAACAUUGAACAAGUUGUGUUGGUAUAAUUUCAGUUACAAUGUCUUGAACUUCCAAAAAACUUUACCCUAACAUAAAGUUUAUAUCUUUUGUACCUAGAGGUGUAAGGUCACUGCAUAAAGAUCUAUAUCAAUGAGAGCAUCAGCAUCCAUGCGAAGUAAAACAAUACUGUGGAUUCAUUAUUAUUCGUUGGAUACCAAUUUUCAUGGAUUUCGUGGGAACAGUUGAACCACAAAAUUAAAUGUUCAACGAAUGACAAAUUUUCUCAUGGUUUGUAUGCAGACUUCACCACGAAAUCAAAUAUCCACGAACAUGUAAGUUUUCCUCAAUCCACGAAAAUUGGUACCCACAAAAAUAAAUGAAUCCACAGGAAUUUAUUUACAAUAAAUUUGAUUCUUUUCUGACCUGAAGGUUGAUGGCGCUCUCUCUCUCUGUCGACAUGCUUUCUCCACCAAUAAAAACAUAAUGUAGUGAUGAAAUUGUCUUUAAAACACCAAAAUACAUUCAAUAUAUCAUAAUACAGUAUAUAUCUCAUGUCCUUUGAAAUCUAUAGGAUUAUCUAGUCUUAAAUGUGUAUUGAGGAAGUCACUACCUAGACAAAAUUAUCAAAUUUGAACCACUUUUCAUGUUUUGCUGAACUUUGUUAAAACCUAUAACAGAAAAUUGCAAAGUUUAGGAUUUCUCAUUUAAGGGGGCUGGCCGGUCUAAAUCAUUUUUUUUAUUUAAUAUAGGAUUUCGCUCUUUUUUUCUAUAAAUGAACUUUAUCUUAUACUCAAUAGAAAAAUAAAAUAAAAUAAUUGGGUCUGUGUUCAUUCACGUUCACAAUCUGCCUUUGAAAGAAGCAUAUAUUUUUGUAUAGGUGCUUUUCUGUAGAACUAAUAGGAGAAAUAAAGGUAAUAUCGAAAUAAAAAGAAUUAAUUACAGAAAUCGCUCAAAUUUUACAAUAGUUUAGUUAAAGUACAGCUCAUUUUAAAAUUAUACUAAAAAAUAUAGAUGAUUUAAAAAAGAUAUUUCAAUUUUAAGGCCAAAACUGGCAUUUUUUCACCAAAGGGAGAUAAUUUGGAAUAUUUCAAUGAUAUCUACAUUUAAAAAAAUCGUCUGGAGGCAACACAGAUUGAUUUGUUUGGAAUGAUUUUUGUACAAUAUGAUAAAGUAGCAACUACUUAAGGUAAUAAAUAAAAUUUGCAAUGAAAAACAAAUGUUUGAUUUUCUUCUGAAAUUUUUAUACCCUCGAGCCUCCUUAAAAGGUAAAUUUCAAUCACAUGGUUCAUAGACUUACUGUCUAGUGGCAACUAUUUCAUGCAUCAUCAUGACGAUUAUAGUUUAUUAAUUAUGAUUCAAAUUGUCCUGAACAUGCAUGAAAUAUUUGCCACUGGAUGUUAAGAUCGAUCAAUCAAUCAAUCAAUAAGUUAUAACUCUUUGAGUUUAUUUGUAGUUAGUAUUUUAUUAAUAAUUUUGUAAACUGUUAUACAUAGUAAAGAGUUGUAUUCACAGUAGUAUUUGACCACCAUACUUUUUAUUUAAUUAGUGACACAAUGAAACUAUCUUUGUAACUAUGGUAUGCUUCAUUUUUGUCGAGCCUUCGACUUUAGUCGAAAAAGCGGGACUAAGCGAUCCUACAUUCUGUCGGCGGCGGCGUCCACAAAUAUUUACUCUGUGGUAAAAGUUUUAAAAAUUUAAAUAACUUUUUUAAACUAUCCUGGGUUUGUACCAAACUUGGACAGAAGCUUAUUUAUGAUCAUAAGAUAGUAUCCAGAAGUAAAUUUUGUAUAAAGAUAACUCCAUUUUUUCUGUAUUUCAUUUUCAAAUUGACUUAGAUUUUCUUCCAGUUAACAUUACAUACAGUCUGCAGUUAAAGUUUUCAAAACAUUUAUAAAAUUCAUUAACUAUCCUAGAUUUGUACCAAACUUGGACAGAACCUUCUUACAAUCAUAGGAUAGUAUCAAGAGGAAUAUUUUUAUUGAUUUUUUGUCUCAUUUUUGUUGAGCCUGCGAUUUACAGCAAAAUUAGGCGAGACACUGGGUUCCGCGGAACCCUUACAAAUUUUUAUCUCUGUUAUACAGAAAAGUACUUUUCACUCAUAAAAAUAUUUUUGUAAUUAGUUUUUGGCAUUAGACUGGUUUCAAAUAUAUGGAACUUUUCAUUAAAGGCAUUAUUUAGAAGACGAUUGUGAUACUAUUAUACUCCUCUAUUUCUUGAAUUUUGGUAAUUUGGCUAAAAAACAAUCAUAAUUUUUUAUUCUUUCAUAGCUUUUUUAAUGUUUUUUAUUACUAAACACAUUAAAAUACCAGACUUGAUAAUACACUAAAUAUCUUUUGAAACCUUUAUAAGAAUUUGUUAGAUAAUUUUUCAUUACAUUUAUUAGAUAUUUUUUCAUUGGAUUUAUAAGUAUUUUGCAUCCCAUUUUGAUAUUUUUUCAUUACAUUUUGAUAUUUUGCAUUACAUUUAUUUGAUAUCUUUGCAUUACAUUUGUCAGAUAUCGUUCAUUACAUUUAUCAAAUAUUUUUCAAUACAUUUAUUAGAUAUUUUUCAAUACAUUUAUUUGAUAUCUUUUCAUUACAUUUACUUGAUAUCUUUUCAGUACAUUUAUUAAAUAUUUUGUCAUUACAUUUACUUGAUAUAUUUUCAUUACAUUUACUUGAUAUAUUUUCAUUACAUUUACUUGAUAUAUUUUCAUUACAUUUAUGAGAUAUUUGUUCAUUACAUUUAUAAGAUAUUGUUUCACUAACCUCGCAAAGGUAUUGUCCACCUCAUUGUCUAUACCCAUUAUCAUGUUUUUUUUAAGAUUCCAUUUUUAACUACAUACCAUAUAUCAUAUUUAUGUAUAUGUUAUCAUAUAUAUAUGAAUGUUUAUUUUGAUAUAUAUUAGUUGGAAAAUAAAUUUCUAGAUUUUCAA